AUGACGGCGGCCGCGGGCCGGCUCGUCAGCUCCCCGGGUCCUGCCAGCGAUGACACGGGAGAAGGGCGAAUUGUAACAGAGAACCAAUUCAGACGAGCUGCCGCUCCGGCCGGGCUGGCACUCGGAGGGGAUAACCCCGCUGCUAACUGGCUCCACGCGAGGUCCACCCGGAAAAAGCGCUGUCCUUACACCAAGCACCAGACGCUGGAACUGGAGAAGGAGUUUCUGUUCAAUAUGUAUCUCACCAGGGACCGCAGGUACGAGGUGGCCAGGCUCCUCAACCUCACCGAGAGACAAGUGAAAAUCUGGUUUCAGAACAGGAGAAUGAAAAUGAAGAAAAUCAACAAAGACCGAGCGAAGGACGAAUGA